UCCCGCAGCUAAUUUCAUAAAAAGCCAUCGAGAGGUGAAGCAUAAAAAUAGGGCCAGGGUUAGGGUUUUUUUCUCCUCUCCGCUCCCAUCCCCGAUUUCGAUCUCAGGCUGCCUUCCUCUCCUCCCCUUCUCGAUCGAUCCAUCUGUCGGAGGUUGGAGGUUUGGAUCCCAUAGGAUAGGCCAAGAAUUUACGGAUUUGGUGGAUUUCUGGUACAUUGGGAAAGCCAAUCACGGAAGACAAUUAUCUGGGAAUGCUGAAAGAUGUGCUUGAACGCCAAGGUGUCCUUGUCUGAGGCACAUGGGAUUGUAACUCCCUUUGGGCCUCCCUCGGUCAAUCUCUAUGGGAUCAGACAGCACACACAAAUCCACUUCAUGCUCCAUGUGCUUAUGCACAAUGGAGAUAAGGGAAUUAUAAAGCCUGCUGUGCUGGAUCAUGACAUUGGCGACGAUGGUUGAAUUCUUCCGCUGGUAGAGUUUUGUAAAUAGUUUAUAUCGUGACAGCAGGAUCGUGUAGCAUUUGUUUUGUGAAGAUAUAAUAGAAAGGAAUGGAGAAUAGAGGGACUACUUUGAUGCAAAGGUAUGAGUUGGGGAGGUUACUAGGACAGGGAACCUUUGCAAAGGUACACUAUGCUAGGAAUCUUAAAACUGGCCAGAGUGUUGCUAUAAAGAUCAUCGACAAAGAGAAGGUGUUGAGGGUUGGGCUUGUUGAGCAGAUUAAAAGAGAGAUUUCGGUAAUGAGAUUGGUGAAACAUCCAAAUAUUGUUCAACUUUAUGAGGUAAUGGCAAGCAAGACCAAGAUUUACUUUGUCCUGGAGUAUGUCAAAGGUGGUGAGCUUUUUAACAAGGUUGCCAAAGGUAAGCUCAAGGAGGAUGUUGCACGAAAAUACUUCCAGCAGCUGAUCAGUGCUGUGGACUAUUGCCACAGCAGAGGUGUAUACCACCGUGAUCUGAAGCCUGAAAACCUGCUGUUGGAUGAAAAUGGCAAUUUAAAAGUCUCAGAUUUUGGGUUGAGUGCCCUUGCUGAGUCUAAGAGGCAGGAUGGCUUAUUGCACACUACUUGUGGGACUCCGGCUUAUGUUGCUCCGGAGGUGAUCAACAGAAAAGGAUACGAUGGUGCAAAAGCUGAUAUUUGGUCAUGUGGGGUGAUUUUGUUUGUGUUGUUGGCUGGUUAUCUUCCUUUCCAUGAUUCAAAUCUGAUGGAAAUGUACAGGAAGAUUGGAAAAGGUGAAUUUAAAUGCUCCAGUUGGUUUCCUUCUGAAGUUCGGAAGCUGCUAUAUAAGAUCCUAGACCCAAAUCCCAGUACCAGGAUAUCAAUCGCCAAAAUCAUGGAAAAUCCUUGGUUCAGAAAGGGUUUUGAUGAUAAAAUAAUAAAUAGUGAAGGAGAAACCCAAGAAAGUGUUACUGUGGAUGUUGCUGCAGCCUUUGGUUCCUCUGAGAGCAACACUGUUGAGGGAAAGCAAGAGUCAGUUAGGGUCACAAACUUGAACGCUUUUGAUAUCAUCUCUCUUUCGGCAGGUUUUGAUCUUUCAGGUUUAUUUGAGGAAGGGGACCACAGGAAAGAAGCAAGGUUCAUUUCUAUGCAACCUGCAUCGGCCAUCAUCUCAAAGCUGGAGGAUGUUGCCAGGCGCUUGAAGUUAAGAGUGAAGAAAAAGCAUGAUGGGGUGUUAAAGAUGGAGGGGUCAAAUGCAGGGAGGGUCCUGGGCAUGGAUGCUGAGAUUUUUGAGGUUGCUCCUCUAUUUCAUUUGGUGGAAUUGAAGAAGUCAAAUGGGGAUACUCUGGAGUAUCAAAAGCUCUUGAAAGAAGACAUGAGACCAGCUCUCAAGGACAUUGUCUGGGCAUGGCAAGGCGAUCGUGAGCCUCAGCAGCAGCAGCAGCAGCAGCAGUCGCAAAAUCAGUGAUUGGCAUUUUUCUUUUAUGUUUGUACGAGUGAUUUCAAAUUGCUACUGUUUGCAUGUUAUCAUAAUCUCUAUGUUGUAUUUCCAGUUUCUUGAUCGUCGUGAUUUUAAAUUUUGUGAACUUGUUCCAAUAUUAAGAUGUGUAUGAGCACUACUAUUUGCUGGUAUUUUAUA